AGUCAGCUGGUGAAUGCGCAGUGUUGAAUGUGUCUGUGUCUGUGAGUGAGUGGAUGGUGGGUGUAACUGUGUGCCCAGUUCAAGAGGACAACGUGAGCGAUAACUGCAGGAGAUAUCAAUUUUUUGGGGGCGUGAUAUCUAAAGGAAUAGCCUAACGACACCGAUUGUCAUACGCUCCCCUCUCUUGGCUGACCGGUGUCUCAGCUCCGUGUGUUUCUGUCUGCUAGUCCAGCGGGUCUCGAGGUAUCUGGUCAGUGGAGUAAAUGUGAUCCCCAGAACAGGGACCUACAGAAGGAUAGUAUGGCCUUAGCAGGGUGUCCGGACUAUUUCCUCCUACAACCUAACUACCAGGAAACUGUGGACCGGACUUCCUCCCACAGACCGGACGAUUUGAUUGGUCAAGGGUUUCAACGCUCCACCCAUCGGAACCCCCCCCAUCACCAAGAUGAUGUGGAUCUGGAGGCGUUGGUGAAUGAUAUGAACUCCUCUCUGGAGAGUCUCUACUCCAGCUGCAAUACCCACACAGAGACGGCCCUGCUCCUGCACAAUAGCCACAUGCACAGUCCUCAUCAUGGGCACACUCCUCACGGGUGUGGCCCUCACCCCCAGCGCCCUACGCCCACUCUGCCUCCCACUUCCCCCCAAGAGAGGCUGCUUCACUCUCAGCCUGUACACAUCAGCGCAUUCAGGAGGCUCGAGGAGCAGCAGCAGCAGAGUCGUCCCUCCUCUCUCCCUGCCAUCAUCAACCCCUUCCCUGAACUCUGCACCCCCACUGGCUCUCCCAUCCUCAACCCCAUACACACCACAGAAAACCAUAUCAUCAAGGUAUAUUGUGAAGAUGGCGCAGGGAAGGUGGUGGAGGUGCCAGCCGAUAUGAGGGCCAGAGACGUGUGUCAGUUCCUGGUCUAUAAGAGCCACUGUCUGGACGACAACAGCUGGAGCCUGGUGGAACAUCACCCACUACUGGGCCUCGAGCGCUGUCUGGAAGACCAUGAGUUGGUAGUUCAGGUUCAAGCCUCUAUGACCAGCGACAGUAAAUUCCUCUUCAGGAAGAACUAUGCCAAGUAUGAGUUCUUCAGGAACCCUCUGAACUUCUUUCCGGAGCAGAUGGUGGCGUGGUGUCAGGAAUCUAACGGCUCCAUCCCCAACUCACAGCUCUUACAGAACUUCCUAAACUCCAGCAGCUGUCCGGAGGUGCAGGGGAUCCUCUAUCUGAAGGCAUCAGGGAGGAAGUCCUGGAAGAGACUCUCCAUGUUCCUCAGACGCUCUGGACUCUACUACUCCACUAAAGGAUCCUCCAAGGAGCCCAGACACCUCCAAUUGUUGUCAGACCUGGAGGACAGUAGUGUGUUCACAGUGACCACGGGGAGGAAGCUGCACAAUGCCCCCACAGACUACCAGUUCUGUAUCAAGCCCAGUAAGGUGAGGACUGAGUGCAAGGAGCUGAGGAUGCUGUGUGCCGAAGAUGAACAGAGCAGAAACUGCUGGAUGACUGCCUUCAGACUCUUAAAGUAUGGAAUAUUACUGGAUCAGAACUACAAGAGCCCUCAGCAGAGCAAGUCUCCUGUUUCACAUUUCGCUACUCCUGUGCGGAGUGUGUCUGAGAACUCUCUGGUGGCCAUGGACUUCUCUGGCAGGACGGGACGCGUCAUAGAGAACCCUCUGGAAGCAGAGAGCGCCGCUGUGGAGGAGGGACAUAAAUGGAGGAAACGGGGUCAGCGUAUGAAUGCUCUUGGCAGCCCCAGCCCCCUCCAGCCCUCUUCUCUCAGCUCAGUGAUCCACAGAACACAGCUAUGGUUCCAUGGUGGCAUCAUGAGAGAAGAGUCCCAUAAGAUGAUCAUGCAACAAGGACAAGUAGACGGGUUGUUCCUGCUGAGAGAUUGUCAGAGUAACCCCAAGGCGUUUGUCCUGACCCUGUGCCACCACCAGAAGAUCAGACACUUCCAGAUCCUACCGUGUGAGGAGGAAGGUCAGAUGUUGUUCAGUCUGGAUGACGGCUCCACCAAGUUCACAGACCUGAUCCACCUGGUGGAGUUCUACCAGCUCAACAGAGGGGUGCUGCCCUGCAAACUCAAACACCCCUGCACUGCUAUGGCCUUGUGACCCUUCACCUCUGACCCCUGAACCAUGACCCCUGUCCCCUGGUCUAACUACCCCACCCUCUGUCUACAGUUAAAUUCUCUACCCCUCGUUCACUCGUUCCUCAAGUGUGGACUCGUUCACUUGUUCGUCAUGGAUUUAAAAGGAAUGGACUGGUGUAAGGAAGGACGGAAGGAAGCUGAUGGAAUAUGCUUAGUUACACCAAAACAAAGCUUUUAAAAAUGAGGGGGAGUAAGCAUGUGCACACUUUCGAGAGAGGGGUGGGGUAUUCAAACCUUGCCACACACAAGGACAGACAGACUUGGUGAACUAUAGUGUUCUAUGGAUAUCUGUGGAUCAAACCAAACCCCUGUUUCCUUCUCCUUCAUCCACUUCAGAUAGACAGGGGGCUGGGCUACCCUCACUUCCUUAUUGAUCAUCAGGGAUCGACAUGGAUCGAAUCGAUCACAACAAUCGACGAUAUCUCAAAUCAACAUGUGCAGUACAGUCUUUAUAAGCUGAUCACCUGACACUUCAUGCUACCUGGGGGGCUGACGUUGCCUGGGGGGCAUCCUGAAGCACGACGUUGCCUGGGAGGCAUCCUACCCUUCCUCUGCUAUACUUACAGGACCAACCAUCUCACUAACUCACCGAGACUUUAUACAGGGCCCUAGGAGGAGAAAAAGAAAACUCCAAAAAGAACAGAGAACAAAGCAAACCAUCUUUGCCGUUUGUUUGAAAGGGCAGAUGAAUGUUUGAGUUGGGGACUUCCUUGUCAGAGCUGAUGACAUUAUAUUAUUGUUGCAGAACUAUUUGCUCUUCUGAACAGACAGCCGACAGUUCUCUUCUGAGCUGGAUGCUCCUUCUCAACCUCCUCUUCCUCUGUUCUAUCUUCUCCUCUUGUCCUUCUCCUCUUUCUACUCCUACUCUUCCUCUUUUCUGCGAGAGAAAUCCCAGCCUACUGAUUGGAUUAGCGUUGCGUGGGACAGGACUGAGAGGCACGGCUGAGCGUGCUGUUGCCAUGCUAUUGGGAAAGGUGACCACUGGGCGGCUCCGCUCCGGAAAUCCUCUCCAACCUUUUCAUUCCUACUCUGUUCGGCUCCAUCUGAUCCCAUCAGAACAUUUAGAAAACCCUUACCAUUCCCUGGAAUCAGCCGGAAAGUUCAGAGUAUUGAUAACAGGCCGGAGGGAAGAGGAGGAGAAGUCUCACAUAGGUCCCCGGAAAACCUGCCCCAUGCACUGUCACUUUAGACUGUCAAGAGUUAAAACUGGAGUCUUUCAGGCUAUGUUCCAAUGUCCACACUAAUAUUGCACUUAGAACGUAUGUCCAAGACAUUGUUACACUCUUAGUAGUGUGCUAGUACAGUGGGGGAAAAAAGUAUUUAGUCAGCCACCAAUUGUGCAAGUUCUCCCACUUAAAAAGAUGA